AUGGAUUUCAUCAAGAACGCUGUGUCCGGUGGCUCUAAGUCUGGUGAUGCCUCCAAGACUGGUGAUGCCUCCAAGAACCAGGAGGACUACGUCGAUAAGGGUGUUGAUUUCCUCAACAAGAAGGGCGGCUUCAACAUCUCCCGCGACAACCAGGAGAAGGCCACCGACUUUGCCCGCAGCCAGUACGAGAAGCAGACUGGCAACAAGGUCGACCCCAAGUACUCUAACUAG